AUGGCGUACGUGGUGCCUAUUCACCAUGCAAGCAGCAUCCGCCAUGCCAUAAAACUCCAGUUCUUGGAGCCAGAAAAAGACUGUUUAGUCGUUGCGAAAUCCAACCGCCUCGAAUUUUACUCCCAAACCCACGAUGGCCUCUCCCUCGAAUACUCAAAGGCCAUAUACGGCAAAGUGACUAUGCUUGCAAAGCUCUCACGGCCUCCGCUACCUUCGAAACCACCCCCGCAACCACAGUCCCUGGACCACCAGCUACCCCUACAACCGGCCCCCUUCCGUCCCCAAACCGAUAUCCUCUUCAUAGGCACGGACAGGGCCUCCUACUUCACCGUCUCCUGGGACCAGAAGACAAAAAACCUCCGCACAGAGCGUAAAUACGUUGACCUCGCCGACCCCUCGGCCCGCGCGUCCCAACUGGGCGACCGCUGCCUCAUCGAUCCCUCCGGCAGAUUCCUCACACUAGAGUUAUACGAAGGCAUCGUCACAGUUAUACCCACACUUCGGCCACACGAUCCUCAGGGUCUGGGCGGACUAGGGGCUGCGGCGGCGGGCCAAGAAUUAGGUGAUCCGUGUCAGGCCCGCGUUGAGGAACUGUCUGACACGAUGGGGAAGGUGCGGUUGAAGGUUAGGGAGCUGGAGGUUAUGCAUGGGGGAAUGCGGAUGGGGGGUGGGACGGGCGGCGGGGGCGGGAUUGGGGCCGAUGGGGGAAUUGUGGCAGUGUUGAAGGGGUUGGAUUUGUUGAAGGAGGAGUUGGAAAUGGGGGCUAGCUUUUUGGUGCCAGUGCCGGCGCCAUUGGGAGGCCUCCUCGUCCUUGGCGAAACUUCAAUCCGAUAUCUGGACGACGCAAGUAACGAAUGUAUCUCACAACCACUCAAAGAAGCCACCAUCUUCGUUGCCUGGGAGCAGGUCGAUGGUCAACGAUGGUUGCUGGCAGACGACUAUGGCCGGCUAUUCUUCCUCAUGCUUGUUCUAGACACCGACAACGCCGUGCAGAGCUGGAAGCUCGACCUUCUGGGUGAUAUCCCGCGUGCGUCUGUCUUAGUUUACAUGGGUGGUGGAAUUACGUUUAUUGGCUCCCAUCAGGGGGACCCUGAACUUAUCCGCAUCACUGAGGGAUCGUUUGAAGUCAUACAGACUUUCGCGAAUAUUGCCCCGAUACUUGAUUUUACCAUUAUGGACCUAGGCGGGAGGGCUAUAGGAGAGAGUCAAACGCAUGAAUUUUCGUCGGGCCAGGCACGGAUUGUUACGGGUUCCGGUGCAUUCAAUGAUGGAAGUCUGAGAACCGUGAGAAGCGGCGUUGGAAUGGAGGAGGUGGGCGUGUUAGGGGCUAUGAAACAUAUUACGGACCUCUGGGCGUUGCGGGUAGCUUGUCCCCAGGAAUUUUCAGAUACCUUGUUGGUUUCAUUUGUGGAUGAGACGCGGGUAUUCUAUUUCACGCCGGAUGGGGAAGUAGAGGAGAAAGAGGAGUUUAUGGGGCUGGGACUUGCGGAAAGCACGCUGCUCGCGGCGAAUCUGCCACAUGGCCGGAUUUUACAAGUCACAGAAUGGAAUGUCCGCGUUGCGGAGCUCGAUGGUGGAAUGGUGAUUUGGGAGUGGUCGCCGGAGCAGCAGAAAGCGAUCACGGCAGCUUCGUCAAAUGACGAUCAUCUCGUGUUGAUGGUUGGAGGCCAGGUUCUUAUGAUUUUCGAUAUUAGAGGCGAUAUCAACAUUACUGGGGAGAAGGAUUUUGGCUUCGAUACCCAGGUGUCUGGUGUUACCGUCACGACGUCCCCAGUCCGCGCCUGUAUUCUUUGCCUUCCACAGACGGCUGAAGUUGUCGUCAUGAGCCUAUCAGACCUUGCCAUCCGCCGUAGUACAUCGCUGGGAGAACCUGGAGAUGCAGUUCCACGCUCUGUGCUGGUCGCAGAGGUCCUCUCCAAUAAUCCUGCUACUCUGUUUGUCUCCAUGGCCGACGGAAGCGUAUUUUCCUUCUCCUUCAAUUUGGAAGAUUUCUCCCUGACAAGCAUGAGCAAAUUGACUUUAGGCUCUGAGCAGCCUUCAUUUAAGAAACUCCCCCGAGGAGACGGUUUGUACAACGUCUUCGCUACCUGCGAGCAGCCAAGGUUAAUAUACGCGGUAGAGGGCCGUAUCGUCUAUUCCGCCGUCAACUCUGGUCUGGCCUCGCGCAUCUGCCACUUCAACUCUGAAGCAUACCCGGGAUCCAUUGCGCUAGCCACCCCGUCAGAAUUGAAAAUCACCCUCGUGGACGCUGAACGGACCACGCAGAUCCAGACACUGGAGGUUGGCGAGACAGUGCGAAGGGUCGCGUAUUCAGCACCUGAAAGAGCGUUUGGAAUAGGCACUAUUAAACGGACGCUUGAAGAUGGGGCGGAGGUCAUUGCCAGUCGGUUCAUGUUGGCUGAUGAGAUCAUGUUUCGCGAAUUAGAUAUUUAUGAUCUGAAUAAGGAUGAGCUUGUGGAGAGCGUCAUUCGCGCGCAGUUCCCGGAUGGAAUCGACCGUGAAGGUAAUGACUUAUUUAAGGACUUGUUUGUCGUGGGCACGUCGUAUCUUGAUGAUUUUGGUGAGGGUUCAAUACGCGGGAGGAUAUUAGCAUUCGAAGUGACGGCCAACAGGCAACUGGCGAAGGUAGCGGAGAUGCCUGUUAAGGGGGCGUGUAGGGCGCUGGCUAUUGUGCAGGAUAAAAUAGUUGCUGCUCUGAUGAAAACGGUUGUUGUCUACACGAUCUCCAAAGGCCAAUUCGCCGACUAUACUCUCUCCAAAACCGCCAGCUACCGCACCUCCACUGCUCCUAUCGACAUCGCUGUGACAGGCAACUUGAUCGCCGUCGCUGAUCUCAUGAAAAGCGUCUCCAUCGUCGAAUAUCAACAAGGCUCCAACGGCCUGCCCGACAGCCUGACAGAAGUCGCCCGCCAUUUCCAAACCCUCUGGAGCACUGCUGUUGCCCAUGUGGCCGAAGAUACGUGGCUUGAAAGCGACGCUGAGGGAAAUCUUGUCAUGCUUCAUCGGAAUGUCAAUGGCGUGACGGAUGAUGAUAGACGAAGGUUAGAGGUUACGAGCGAGAUUUUACUUGGGGAGAUGGUAAAUCGGAUACGGCCGGUGAAUAUUCAGGGAUCACAGGGGGCGGAGGCGGCAAUUUCGCCGAGAGCGUUCUUAGGGACGGUCGAAGGCUCUAUCUACCUCUUCGGAAUCAUCAACCCUACCUACCAAGAUUUGCUCAUGCGCUUGCAAUCCGCAAUGGCUGGUAUGGUUGUGACACCUGGCGGGAUGCCAUUCAACAAGUUCCGUGCCUUCAGGAAUACCAUACGUCAGGCGGAGGAGCCGUAUCGGUUCGUUGACGGAGAGCUCAUUGAGCGGUUUUUGAGCUGUAGUGUGGAAUUACAAGAGGAAAUCGUCGGGAAGGUCAUUGCGGAUGGGGUUACGGGGGUCACUGUUGAGAGUGUUAAGGGGCUUGUGGAAGAACUGAGAAGGAUGCAUUAG